AGCCUGGCGGGAGUUACUGCGGCUUGCCCGGCUCCCCCCCUCCUCCCCGGCGGGGCCGCCGCCGCUUUCUAGCAAAGGUCACUCGCACAGCUCCUCGCCUUCUCCUGGAAAGGGCUGCCGGCUAGCUGGGAGGGGCUGAUUAAGCCCCCCUCCCCCGCAGCUGAAAGAGUUUCGUCGCUUGGGAGGGAGGAGGAACGCGAGCACCGCCUUUCGCGCUGGCAUUCCGGGAUUUCCCUUUGUUUAGAGCCGGGAAUCCUCCUUCCUCAGCGGUCUUUCCCUGCCGCAGUCCUCAGAGCUCUCACUCCGGAUCGGUCUUCUAGUUUUCAAUAAGCUUACGCUGGAAUAAGCGGCUUGAGAACUGGAUUAUUGCUUACUAUCUUUUCCUCCUUUUUCAUGCUCGGGCAUCCCUGGGCUUCCCCAGCAAAAUUGCAGAGUAGAAGCUCUGAAAACUGCCAUCCGAAGAUGAAAACGCCGCACGUUCCUUUGUUUCCUCCGAGGAUAACCCCUCCCAUCGCAAUACAGGGAAGCCCUAUCCUCCCCCGCUCCCCAAACGGUUUGCCAUUUCGCUACCCCCACCCAAAAUGGGGCCCCGAUUCGGGAGCAAUUUACAAACAUUGUGGAAUCUUUGCUUGAAAGUUUCUGCAAAGGUUUUAUACGGCAUAUAAAUCCAGUCGGAUCUCCCUCCUUUGUCCUUCACCUCCCCUCAAAAUAAAACACUAUUUAGCCUUUUCUGGGGUGGGGGGAGGAAAAGAGAACAAAUGGGGCGGACUACCUCCCUGGUGCGGGAGGUAGAAUAUCAUAGCGAAAUAUGAUAAGCACCAAGCAAUAAUCGUUCAGGGGAUGAAGCCCUGGUUCAACAGGCUCUGGAGGAAUCCAGAUAGAGGGGAGGGGAGGAAUCACCCUUACCUGUCUGAGCAGUUCUUGCAUCAACAGCGGAUGGUACUGGUGAUAGCUCCCCUCCUCCCUCCCGGACUGUCACUGAGGGGGGGGGUGUCUUGUGGUGGCAAGAGGAAUUCCCCCCGGCAGGGAGGAAUUCCCCCCUAUGGGGGGGGAGCGAAGGGGGAGAAGAGAAGCGUCCCCAGUUUGAUAGCUGUGACUAGCACCAGCAAGAGCAAACGCCGCUCCUGGGAUUUUCUUGGCUCCCCUCCCCGCGCGGUGUUCUUCUCACGCUGCAGCUUUUUCGCCCCUUCCAGGUGACGUGAUGCCCGUUGUUUUGGUUCGCCCGACCAAUCGGACUCGUCGCCUGGAUUCUACGGGAGCCGGGAUGGGCCCGUCGUGGCGGCAACAGGACUCCCCUCUGCCGACCAUAACGCAUUGCGCAGGGUGCACCUCCGCCUGGUCUUCCUGCAGCUUUAACAGCUCUGACAUGGAAACCCCAUUGCAGUUCCAGACGAGCUUCUGCUCAGAGCAGCAGCAGCAGCGCCCACACCCGCAUUACCAUCACCACCACCAGCAGCAGCAGCACAGUGAAGAGAGGCAGCCAAAGCAGCAGUCCAGUCCGUGCUUCCAGUGCAACAGCUGCGCUUAUUACGGGGCUGUGGCUGCCACAGGCGAUAACCUGCCGCUGCUCUUCCGCACUUCGUCGCCUCUGUCGGUCGCCUUCCGGACUCGCUCCUCGCCGAUCUCUUGCUCCGCAGCUUCCUCCCGCCAGGGCAGCCAGCUCAACGUGAGCGAGCUGACCCCUUCCAGCCAUGCCAGUUCGUUCAGGCAGCCGCACCACUACUCCCAGCCCCACCAGUACCACCACUCCCACUCUCACCCGUGCCAUAGUGUGCACCACCAGCAGCCGCCGCCCGAGCCGGCGGGCAGCCCCAACAGCAGCACCGGCAGCGGCAGCCACCACUACCAACUUCAGGAGCAGCAGCAGCGCCGCGAGAGCAACCCUUUCACGGAAAUAGCCAUGAGCAGCUGCAGGUACAACGGCGGCGUCAUGCGUCCUCUCAGCAACCUGAGCUCGUCCCGUAGGAACCUCCACGAGCUGGACUCCGAAGCGCAGCCGCUGCAGCCCCAGCCGCCGCCGCCGCCGCCGCUCUCCAGCCCCACUGCCUCAGCUGCCGCGGCUGGCCCCGAGAUCGUGGUGUCCAAGCCCGAGCACAACAACUCCAACAACUUAGCGCUCUACGGAUCUGGCGGCGGCGGCAGCGGCGGCAGCGGCGGCAGCCAGACCAACAGCGGCGGCAAAACCAGCAAGAAGAAGAACCAGAACAUCGGCUACAAGUUGGGACAUCGCCGCGCACUCUUUGAGAAGCGGAAGCGGCUGAGCGACUACGCGCUGAUCUUCGGCAUGUUCGGGAUCGUAGUGAUGGUGAUCGAAACCGAACUGUCUUGGGGCGCUUACACCAAGGAGUCGCUGUAUUCAUUAGCCCUUAAAUGCCUUAUUAGUCUCUCUACAAUCAUUCUGCUUGGUCUGAUUAUUGUAUACCAUGCAAGGGAAAUUCAGCUAUUUAUGGUGGACAAUGGAGCAGAUGAUUGGAGAAUAGCCAUGACUUAUGAGCGCAUUUUUUUCAUCUGCUUGGAAAUUUUGGUAUGUGCUAUUCAUCCUAUCCCUGGCAACUACACUUUUACAUGGACAGCUCGUCUUGCCUUCUCCUAUACCCCAUCUACAACAAUAGCAGAUGUGGAUAUAAUUUUAUCCAUACCUAUGUUCCUGAGACUUUAUCUUAUUGCCAGAGUUAUGCUUUUGCAUAGCAAACUUUUCACUGAUGCCUCAUCCAGAAGCAUUGGAGCACUAAACAAGAUCAACUUCAAUACACGUUUUGUUAUGAAAACUUUAAUGACAAUAUGCCCGGGAACUGUACUUUUGGUUUUUAGUAUCUCCUUAUGGAUAAUUGCUGCAUGGACUGUCAGAGCUUGUGAAAGGUAUCACGAUCAACAAGAUGUUACUAGCAACUUCCUUGGAGCAAUGUGGUUGAUUUCAAUAACUUUUCUCUCCAUUGGAUAUGGAGAUAUGGUACCUAAUACUUACUGUGGGAAAGGAGUUUGCUUGCUUACUGGAAUAAUGGGUGCUGGAUGCACUGCACUAGUGGUAGCUGUGGUAGCAAGAAAACUAGAACUUACCAAAGCUGAAAAACAUGUGCAUAAUUUCAUGAUGGAUACCCAGCUAACUAAAAGAGUGAAAAAUGCAGCUGCCAAUGUACUCAGGGAAACAUGGUUAAUUUAUAAAAACACCAAGUUGGUAAAAAAGAUAGACCAUGCAAAAGUAAGGAAACAUCAGCGCAAAUUCUUACAAGCUAUUCACCAAUUAAGAAGUGUUAAAAUGGAACAGAGGAAACUGAACGAUCAGGCAAACACUUUGGUGGACUUGGCAAAGACUCAAAACAUCAUGUAUGAUAUGAUUUCUGACUUGAAUGAACGAAGUGAAGACUUUGAGAAGAGGAUUGUUACUCUGGAAACAAAACUGGAAACUUUAAUUGGUAGCAUCCAAGCUCUCCCUGGACUGAUUAGCCAGACAAUAAGCCAGCAGCAAAGGGAAUUUCUCGAAGCUCAGAUACAAAAUUAUGAUAAGCAUGUAACCUACAGUGCAGAACGAUCAAGGUCCUUGUCUAGAAGACGAAGGUCUUCUUCUACAGCACCACCCACUUCAUCAGAGAGUAGCUAGAAGAGAAUAAGUUAACCACAAAAUAAAGACUUUUUUGCCAUCAUAUGGUCAAUAUUUUAGCUUUUAUUGUAAAGCCUUAUGGUUCUAAUCAGUGUUAUCUGGGUUCUGAUGUCAGAAUUCUGGAAACCUGAACACAAGUUUUAGGCCAAAAUGAGUGAAAACUCUCUUUCUCUCUCUCUUUUCUUUUCAGAUGCACAGUGAAUGCACCUAUUAUUGCUAUAUAGAUUGUUUCUCCUGUAAUUUCACUAACUUUUUAUUCAUGCACUUCCAGCAAACUUUAUUACUACUACAAUAUAUAAUAUAAUAAAAGGGUUACUUUCUGCACAUAGUUGCUUGGUCACUUUGACUUUAACAUUCCCAUCUGUUGUUUUGUUUUUUUUUAGAUGGAAAUGUAGAAAAUGCUUUAAUUAUGAGGAAGCUGAGCUCAUUUUGUGUUUCUUUUCAAACAAGUUCUUAUUUGACAUUCUAUGCAGGAAAAGAUCAUAGUAAUGAUGCAUUAAUUUAAAUUUAAAAUUAAUUUAAAAGACUGGAUGGUCUUUAUUUAAAAUUUUGCAUUUAUUUUUCAUUACAUGCCAGCUUAAGGAGAGAAAAAAGUGAACAAGUUGUUUUUGUUUUGAAAGUUCAUUGAUGAAAGCCACUGCACCCAUAUCUGCUCCAGCAUGAUGUAUGUUCUUAUACCUUAUUUAUACAAAUAAUUGUUUACUAAAAAUUUAAAAAAGGGCUGGCUCCAGACCAUUUUAAACAUUUUUAAAUAUGUUUAUAUGUGGUGUGUGAGACUAUCGUAUAUUUAUUUUCUUGUUAAGAGAAAUUUUCCAUCAAUGAAAAAUGUUGUGGCAUUUCAAUCUAUUUGUUCUCUCAUUUGCUAGUUUGCUACCCAUUACACUUUGUUUUGUUUGGAUAAAUAAGCUGGAUCUCUUCUAGAUAUGCCUGAUCUUGAUGGAAUGAAAAACAUGACAAUGUUGCUAAAUUUGUUUAGACAAUUCCAUUGCUGUCAGCCUUUAAUAUAUACCAUAUAUGUGAAUUUUAAACCAGUUCUGAAAUUGGACAUAGAGGCAAAUUUGAAAUGUCCUCUUUUUCUUUAGUGUGCUGUUAUACAGUGGGGUGGGACAAAAACUAUAUUUCUGUAUUGUUCUGAAAUGAAUUAUAAUACCUGCCGCUACAGUACACUUCUGGAAAGACCUAGUAGAACUGGAAAGCCUGUUACAACAAAGACAUUCAUCUAACUUUUGAUCAUUCAUUUCCUUUUCCAGCAAUCACUUUGAUAUGGCCAAGUAGGAAUUUCUUGUUGAAGGCAUGAAGGGAGGAUAUUGGGAGGGGAAAAUCACCAUACUCAAUAACAACAUUUUAAAAAGUCUAGAUUGACUUAUGAUGCAUCUAUUUUGAGAUGGUAAACAAAUAUUUCUUGUUUCUUUAUACUUUUUGUAAUAGAUUUGCUUUCCUUCUUUUUCUCUUUCUGAGAAAUAGUUGUCUUAUCUAUAACCUACACUUUUCACAUAAGAAUCCCAUCCUUAGUCUAUAGAUACAAUAUUCUUUUCUUAGUUUUGCAGCUGCAAUAGUGAAAAGUAUGGACCUAGAAUUAACCUUCUAAGUAACUGAAAUAGUUGAUAGUGUUUUCUCAUUUCAUUUGCUAAUCGUGGGAACUCUUCACAUUUUUUAACAAGAUACAUUUUACGUAUGUUUGCAUGAAGAUACUCACGUGCUUAGACGUACCUUUGACCACAAACAAGUACAAAUAUUACAUCAAAAUGACCCCAUUUCAAAAGUAGUUUAUUAAUCUGCAGGAUGAAUCAAUUACUAUUCAAGAAUCACUAAUCAAAAAUCCUUUUUGAAUAUGAAUCCCAAGGUUUAUAAUAAACUUUUGGUCUCAUCCCAAACCCUGUCCAAUUGGCUUUAUUUAUUACCUUAAGCAUUUUUUUCCUGAAUAUUCAUUUAGAGCAAAGUUCAGUUGAAAUCAAUGGAACACUGAAUCAUAAGACUUUAUGCUACAUAAGCUAGAAACGAUGACGUUUAUAGGUGGCAAUAACAUCUAAACCAAGAAAGAAAAAAACGGACCACAGCCUCCCAACUAUAAUACGUAAUCCUUGCAUAAUGUAAUGUUUCUGAAGAAAGUCCUUUAGUACAUAAGGUUUAGUGGAUGAAUUUGACUUAGCUUUCAGAAAUAAUGAACAUGUAAACCCAAAUCUGAUUGGACAGUCUUGGAUCUAUUCAGGGUAUCUAAGGUGAAACCAGGAAAUAAUAAAACAUCUUUCAUGUUUCUUCUAAGGGUUUCUUAUUUACUGACUUUUUGAUAAUACUUAAUUUCUGCAGCCAAAAAACUGUUAUUUUAAUGAAUUCAAAAAUCAUUUUAAAAAUUUUAUGUUAUUCUCAGUUGGUUCUACCUAGAACAUACAUAGUAUUUUUCUUUGUUCCUCCAAAUAAAUUUAACUGGUUCCCAAA